AUGAGCUCAGAAUCGUCCACUGUGUCUUAUGUUCCCACCCCGUACGUUCCUCCUGGCCACUGGCCUCACAUCACUGGAAUCUUCCAUAACCACGACCACACAAUCCUUAACCCUGACUUCUUCUCUGAGGUCCCUAUCGAGUACCUUGUGCUUGCGCGGCUUGGGUAUGAGACGUGCGACAUGUGUCUGUAUCCCCACACCUCAGUCCUCAUUCUCGACAUUGUGCACGUCAAAUUUGCCUCAUCAGUCCUCCGGCCAUAUGGAUGGGUCGUCAUGGACAUCUAUGGUCCAGUCCACCUCACGCGGCCGAUACACUCUGCAUGGCGUGAUGUGCUGGCCUUCCAAGGCUGGUGUCUUGACCUCGCCUAUCAGGUGGACACCAACAACCGUGCCAACUUCAACCCCUGUAUCAUAUACCUUCCCCGCUCCUGCUUCAUGGAGCUGGUUGUUCCACAACCUGCGCGUACCUGGAUGUACGUCUGGGAAUCAGUCAUCAGUUGCUUCAAGUCCAUGAGCUGUCAUGAUGAAGAUACUGUCUUUGACUCAGAGGUUGAGAUGGGCAGCAUGGGGGAGAGUGGUGAGAUGGGUAUCUGA